AUUUGCUGGAAUUUGAAGAAAAAAAUAUGGAGAUACAUUUACAAUUUAAUGAUGAAGACUUCAUUCAAGCUGCUACAGAAAUUGAAGAUGAAGAAAAUGAAGUUACAAUACAACCUGUAACCAGAAAGGAACAGUUGGAUAUUUUGCACGGUGCUUUGAGAAUUGUUGAUGAGAGAAUUGAUGAUGGUGGAGUAACAAUGAAGUCUUUGCACGAGCUUCAAUCAUGCAUUCGUGAGGAG